UUUCUUCCAUAUACUAUUAUGUUGCUUGCACAAAAAAACCCCGGGCCUGAUCCCAGCGAAAUAAAUGAAGCUAUAAGGCUCUUCUUCUCAGGGUUAACAGACCUUGAUUAUGAGCCUAGUUAUAAUGAUCAUACAUAUUUUCAAUACUUGUCUAAUAGUAAAGAUGAUAUCACUCUUCUAGAUGCCUAUCAUUCUGAGAAAAUUUUUGAUAAAUAUAUUAUUCGG